CAUUGACAAUUAUGACAAGAUAAUUGGCAGCCAAAAUCGUAGUUAUGAAAUACCUAGUAUUUUUAUAUUAAUGGAACUGAAAAAUAAUAACUGCGCGUAAAAAUAAUUACGAUGGCCACUAAAACUAUCGCAAGUGCGACCGUGAGGGCAGUUAAGAAAAGAUUAUUGCCUUCUCGGGCAGCUUUAGUCUUAACUCCUUCCGCAGUGCAAAAAAUUAAAGAAAUAAUGUCGAAAGAAGCAGCAAAGGGAUUUGUGGGCUUGAAGGUCGGAGUCCGCCAAAGAGGCUGUAAUGGUUUAUCAUACACAUUAGAUUAUGCAAAAGAAAAAGGAAAAUUAGAUGAAGAAGUAAAACAGGAUGGGGUCACCAUAAUAAUUGACAAGAAAGCACAGCUAACAUUACUCGGAACGGAAAUGGACUUUGUAGAAAAUAAACUGUCAGCUGAAUUUGUUUUUAACAAUCCUAACAUUAAAGGCACAUGCGGCUGUGGAGAAUCUUUUAGUAUAUAAAAUUCUUAGUUGUUGACUAGUCUAUAUUUUAAAUUAAUUAGAUCAUUGAUGAGGUUGCUACCAAUAUAGAUAUUUUUAUUCACAUCUUGGCACUUACAAUAAAUACCUAUGCACCUGUUCAAACAUACUUCUUAUAAAUUGCUUACAAAAUGAAUAUUAAUUAAUAUAGCACCAAAAGUUUUGAACUUAUACUAGUAAAAACAUGUUGUGAUAGAAUAGUUAUGUUUUAUAGUUAUGGCAGCAACCCUAAUUUGAACAUAUUUACCAUAGUGUAUAUAUAACUUGAAGAUUAGUUGACUGUAUAUUUUCAUUUAGAUAUAUUGUGUUGUCAAAAUUGUAAAACAUAAAAUAGAGAAUAGUGUGUAUAGUUUACAUAAUAAAAAUUAUGUUUGUGGUCUGAUGUAGUGAGCAAAAUGCUUAAGCUAUUUUUUUACUACUCUUAAGCAAUUAUAUUAUAGAAGAUUUAUCUGUGAUCUGCUGUUUUCAUGAAUAAAAAUGCUAUUUUUCCUCUAAUAAAUAAUUGAAA